AUGAUUUCUCGUCUUUGUUGGUUUCCAGGAUGCUUCACUCCACUUGAUGUCAUCACGGCGUUGGAUGCAUCCGGCAGUGUACUUAAAGAAAACUGGGUGAAAAGCGUGGAUUUUGCUGCAAAAUUGGCUGGAAAAUUACUUGCCUUAAACGUAGAAAGUCGUAUGGGAGUCAUUGACUUCAGUGCUGUGUCCAACGAGGCUAUUCAACCAUCAAAUGAUCAAAAGUUUCUUGAGGAGGAACUAGAAAACCUCAAAAAUCGGUAUCAGAACGGAGUCACAAGAACAGAGCUUGCACUGCAAAAAGCUUGGGAAAUAUUUCUCCGAAUCAACCGAGUUGGGGCCAAGAAACUACUUGUAAUAGUGACUGAUGGUCGCACAACACCGUUGAACAAUAAGCAAGGAGUAGAGUUGCUACAAGAACCCAUGGAGAACCUGAGGGCGGAAGGAGUGUAUGUUAUAGCUGUUGGAGUCGGGGAUUUGAUUAAUAACGAAGAGUUGAAUUUUAUGGCCACAGGUCCUAAGAAGGAAAACGUUUUUCAUAUUCAUGAUUACGACAAACUUGUUGAUCUGGUGGAUACAAUAAGCCAGACUGUCUGCAAAGAGAAAG